AGCGCUACGCCGCGCCACGAACCCGGCGACCCGAGUUCGAUUCCCGCUCAGAGCCAACACCGGUGACGAUUGAUCAGAACCGGAUCCCUGGGCCUCCCCUAGGUCGACUCGGCCUCAAACGAGUGUACCUGGCGUAGCGUUGUGUGUAGUAAACAUCGUCACUGGGGAGACAAAGGCGGCCGGGCGUAGUGCUGGCCACCCACCCCCCCUCGUGUGGCCUUCACAGGUGUCGCUAACAGCACUUGCCCCGACAGUCUGUAGAGGCUACACGGGGCACCUUUGUCUUUGUGAACGAGUAGGCCUGAGACGGAGGUGAGGGGGAGAUCCUCACCAGCUGCUCACCAGCCGUCUCACUCGCCUAUGGACAUGGCCGAAAGACCCCCUCCAGCCACGGUUCUACCGCAUGAAAGACCAAGACCCCAACGAAAUGCAAACACUCAGCCCCGCCCGCCUCUCGCCCCGUGUCUCACCCCGUGUCUCGCCCCGUGUCCUCCUCCUCCUCCUCUCCCCGUGUCCCCGCGUCCGCCCCGCGUGUCGCCCCGCCGCUCAGCGCGCCGACAGAAGCGCGCCCUGCAGCGCCGUCUCCUCUGCGCCGUCAUCGUCGUCCUCUCCAUGGCGGCAGUCGGAGUCGGCAUCUUCCUCGCCGUCUACUACCUCUACUACAAGCAGACGGCGGCGUGCGCCUUCGGCAACUGCGGAGAGCCAGCCAUCAACAGAAGCAUCAUGGCUGUGAGCUGCGAUGGCACGCGGAACACAGUCGCUUCAUCUUGCAUGCGAGUGUGGGACUCCACCCACGUGCUCCAGGUGUUCGUGCCGGGGCCCCACGGGCCGUGGGGCUUCGUCUGCUCAGACGGCUGGAGCGGCGCCCUCUCCCGCUACAGCUGCAGCAACAUGGGCUACAACAGUGUUGAGGGUGCCGAGGCGGUGGACGUGGCCACUCUGGGCCUGAACUCGUCCUCCACGUUCCUCAGGGCCGACCCCGCGGUCAACCCGGACUCCACCACCGCCACCGUCGCAAAGCUCUUCCAGACGUGGGAGACCUGUGGCACUGGCAAGGUCAUCACUCUGCAGUGCUUGGCGUGUGGUGUGGGAGCCCCCCUGGACAGCUCGCGAGUGGUGGGGGGCCGCCCGGCGGCGGGGGGCCGCUGGCCGUGGCAGGUGUCGCUGCACUACGACGCGUCGCUCGUUUGCGGCGGCUCCAUCGUGGCGCCCUCCUGGGUGGUGACCGCCGCUCACUGCGUCGUGCACAACCCGUUGCCAGGCCUGUGGAAGGCGUACGCCGGCCUGGUGGAGCAGCCGUCCAUGAUCGCCCCGUACCUGGUGGUGGACAAGGUCUACUUCCACUCGCUCUACGACGCCCAGUCCUCCGACUACGACGUCGCCCUGCUGCGUCUGCAGGGCCCAGCACACUUCUCUGCCUCCGUGUCGCCCGUGUGUCUCCCCGGAGCCGAGUUCGACUCGCCCCCGGGGAAGAUGUGCUGGAUCACGGGCUGGGGCCGAACCGACGAACACACGAACGCGGUGUCCCCCGCGCUGCAGGAAGCCCGCGUGCCGCUCCUCUCCAUGGCGCUCUGCAACUCGGGCAGCUACUACCGCGGCGCCAUCACCCCUCGCAUGGUGUGUGCUGGGUACGAGCAAGGGGGCAUCGACGGGUGCCAGGGAGACAGCGGUGGUCCGCUGGUGUGUCCCGGAGCGUCUCGCUGGCUACUCACCGGCGUGACGAGCUGGGGGGACGGCUGUGGUCACGCCCGGCGUCCUGGCGUCUACUCCCGCGUCUCCACCCUGCUGCCCUGGCUUCACAACGUCAUGCAGACGGAGAGAACUUGACGGUGGAGACCGUGGAGCGGUGGACACGCGGUGGAGUGGUGGAGCGGUGGACAUCGUGGGGAGCGGUGGAGCGGUGGAGCGGUGGACACCGUGGGGAGCUCAGGGGGCGCCGGCUCGACGGGUUCUCACCGGGCCGGCACGCACACGCACACACGUGUACACACACGUGUACACACACGUGUACACACACUCACACAUGCUCACGCACGCACGUGUGUACACGCACAUGCACUCGUGUACACACACGCACGCACACGUGUGUACACACACACACACACGUGUACACACGCUCACACAUGCUCACGCACGCACACAUGUACACGCACACGCACGCAUGCACACGUGUGUACACACACACACGCACGUGUACACACGCUCACACACGCGUGUACACACACACACGCACGUGUACACACGCUCACACACGCUCACGCACGCACGUGUGUACACGCACACGCAGGGAGAAGCGCAACCGAAAUGCGCCGACGAAGUUUACAAGUCGUCUCCACGUUGUUUUGAAGCGACUUAAUUUGUAUUUCACUUCCUUUCCUGUUUGCACAAAACGUCUCGCGCCGCGCCGCGCCGCGUCGUCCCGCACGGCGCCGCGUCGCCAGCGACGUCGUCACCAGCGACGUCUCGGCAGCCGCGGUCGUCGCUGUUUUAACUUUUAGAUUCGGAAACGUGGACCGGUGAAGAGAUGG